GAUGGAAAACGGUUGUGUCGAAUUAAUUUCCCCAGAUGACGCUGCCUGCUCCAUGUACGACGCACAAAAUUUGAAGAUAGACAUAUUGAUAAAACUGAAAAAUCUUUCGUCUUUGGGGGGUUUAUUUUUAUUAGAUGGUGCUCGAUCAUUUUAUCUAAGGUGCUGAAAUGCAGCCAGCAUCGUUUCAGCGAGUGGCUCCCCCUCCCCCUUUGCCCACAGACGCCAUCACCACAUCGCAGGGAGAGAGAGAGAGAGAGGGAGAGGGAGAGGGAGGGAGGGGGAGAGAGACCAAUAGGCAGCAUCAGUGAAAGGACUCACCCUCGCUAGGAGGAUAGAGAAAUUUAAAAACAUCACCCAGCCAAACAAAGGAAAACAUGGAUGCACAGGGAAAAAUCCACUUUAACCAGGCACCAGAGAGGAUGCGGUGGUCGUCCUGCACAUAGUCGGAGUUAUGCACGGACUAUUCCCUCGUUUUUAAUGAGGCGGGUGGGGACGCACAGCAAGCUAAAAAGGCGGAAAGAUUUCUCCAACCCGUCUCCAUAUCCUGCGUGCCUGCGAUGGCUGUGACGGCGCGAUGCUGUUACAGUGUAAAGGAGAAUGUGCCUUUUUCUUUAUAUUUGGUUAUGUUCGUACUCGGUGGCCUUACAAACGCACAAAUUCGGUACUCCAUUCCGGAGGAGUUGGAGAACGGGGCAUUGGUCGGUGACAUUGUCCGGGAUUUGGGUCUGGACCUGAGGAAACUUUCCACCCGACGCGUCAGAAUCACACCUGACAGCGGACGGAGAUAUUUCACCAUAAAUCACAAAACCGGGAAGCUGGUGGUGAGUGACCGCAUUGACCGAGAGACAUUUUGUGAAUUCAGUGGCACCUGUUCACGCAACCUGGAGGUGGUAUUAGAGAAUCCGCUGGAGAUGCACAACGUGGAGGUGGAGAUUUUGGACGUGAACGAUAACUCACCGCAGUUCCCUCGAGAUGAGUAUCAACUUGAGGUGUCGGAAUCCGCACACACCGGGUCGCGGUUCCAUAUCGAGGGAGCUCAGGAUGCGGAUGACGGCUCCAACUCCGUGAAGCAGUACCGCCUCAGUCUAAACGACCACCUCACUCUGGACUCAAUUAAGCCCUUUUUCAAUAAUAAGCACAUCGAGCUCAUUCUCAAAAAGCCCUUUGACCGCGAGCAGGUGCCCUCUCAUCAGCUAAUCCUGACAGCUAUGGAUGGAGGCACCCCACAGCGAACUGGGACAGCCAAAAUCAAUGUUCGUAUCCUUGAUGCAAAUGACAAUGUGCCUGCGUUUGACAGCUCCGUGUACAAAGUAAAACUGUCUGAAAACUCACCAAAGGGCGCACUUGUGAUCAAGUUAAAUGCUACAGAUCCUGAUGAGGGUUCAAAUGGGGAAGUUUUUUACUCCUUCAGCAGUUACACGCCAGAAAGAGUCAGACAGAUGUUUUCCAUGGAUACAGACACUGGGGAAAUCAGGGUGAAAAACAAUAUAGACUAUGAGGAGACAAACUCAUAUGAAAUGUACAUACAGGCAAUGGACAAGGGGCCAGCUGCUGUGGCAGUGCACUGUAAAGUAGUAGUAGAAGUUUUAGAUGUGAAUGACAACAUUCCUGACAUUGUACUGUCUUCACUCUCCAGCCCUGUACGUGAAGACGCCCGGGCUGACACGGUUGUAGCAUUGAUCAGUGUGAAUGACCGUGACUCUGGACCAAACAAACAAGUAACCCUGGAGAUCAUGCCUAAUUUGCCUUUCAAGAUCAAGUCCUUCCGUAACCACUAUACCAUCGUCACAUCCGCUUUCCUGGACCGGGAAACCAUCUCAUCCUACAACGUCACGGUCAACGCCAUCGAUGGAGGCACUCCACCGCUGUCAUCUCAAAUGACCUUUAAAGUCGACGUUGCAGAUGUUAAUGAUAACCCACCUCGCUUUGAACAGACAUCAUAUACUGUUUACAUUACAGAGAACAAUGCUCCCGGUGCACCUCUGUGUGUUGUGAAGGCCACAGACGCUGAUGCUGCAGAAAAUGCACGCAUCACCUAUACUGUCCUCAACGAUAACAAUCAUGGUAUCCCAGUAGCGAGCUACGUCAGCAUCAAACCUAAUACAGGUGAAGCUUAUGCUCUGCGAGCCUUCGACUUUGAGAAGCUGAGAGAGUUUCACUUUCAGGUUAAAGCCCAGGACAACGGCGUACCUCCCCUCAGCCGCGUGGCCACAGUCUAUGUUUACAUCAUGGAUCAGAAUGACCAUAUGCCCAGGAUCGUCUACCCACCUGCCAAUGGGAGCCGCACCACAGAGACUCUGAUGAAAAACGCCGAAGCAGGAGUGUUGGUAACCAGGGUGAUGGCAUGGGAUGGUGAUGCAGGACAGAACGCUUGGCUGCUCUAUGCCCUGGAGCAGACCAAUGCAGACCUUGACCUGUUCAAGGUUCAUGAGCACACAGGUGAGAUCCGCACCACAAGGCGUGUCAUUGAGGACAACUCCACCUCCUUCGCUCUGACGGUGCUGGUGCGUGAUAAUGGCCUACCACCACUCUCCUCCACUACCACUAUCCAUGUACACGUUAUGGAGCUGCCGCCAAAGUUGGCCCCUGACCCCAAGCGCAUCAUCAGGCCCAACAGCCCCCUAAUGUUUUCCAAUGUCACCCUCUACCUCAUCAUUGCCCUGAGUGCCACUACCUUUGUGUUCUUGGUCACCGUCUUUGUGCUGGCCAUUGUACGUUGCCAUGCCUACUGCACCCAGCCUGGUUCCUGCUCCCCAUGCUGCGUAUCCAAGAAGAGUGCGCAAGAGGGGGGUAACGCAGCAGGUGGUGGUGGGGGUGGAGCAAGAGCUGCAGGUGGAGGUGGAGGUGGAGGUGGAGGUGGAGCCGGAGGUGGAGGCGCAGGUGGGGGGCAACCAAACAAUAAUGUGGCCAUGCGUCGUGACCUCAAAGUGGAACCGCAUUAUAUUGAAGUGCGGGGUAAUGGGUCUUUGACCAAAACAUACUGUUAUAAAACAUGCCUGACUGCGACGUCAGGAAGUGACACUUUUAUGUUCUACAACACGGGACGGCCCCACAGUGGCACCUGGGGCUCAGGCUACGUCACCAGCCACAGCGGACAGAGCCAGAUAUUUGUUCGGCGUCUCAGUAUGCCAGACGCAACUGCCAUUCAGCCCAAGGCGCCAAAUGCAGACUGGAGAUAUUCAGCCUCCCUGAGAGCAGGAGGUGUAAUGCAGAGCUCAGUGCACAUGGAGGAGUCCUCGGUAAUGCAGGGAGCCCAGGGGGUCCUGGUUCAGAACUGGCCUACCGCAUCCAGUGCCGCUGAUGGUGAAGGAGGAGAGGUGUCACCCCCGAUGGGUGCUGGGGUAGACAGCAACAGCUGGCACUUUCGCUAUGGCCCAGGCGGUCCUGGUGCACCCCCACAGCACCUGAAGCCUGGUGAGGUUCCCCCAGAGGCUUUCAUCAUCCCAGGCUCCCCCGCCAUAAUAUCCAUCAGACAGAACCAGGGAGGCGAGGACGACAAGAGUGAUUUCAUCACCUUUGGAAAGAAAGAGGAGGCCAAGAAAAAGAAGAAGAAGAAGAAGGAGAAGAAAGACAAGAAGGAUAAGGGAAAGGAUGAUGGAGAUGAGUAGAGGAGCAGAAAGAGAAAAUAGCAAAGAAGAAAAGGGCGUUGUUAAAACAGAGGUACCAACCAAAGUCCACUGGGCAAAAAGAAAAUGUGAAAACUAUUAUGGAUUUUUCAAUUUCAUUUUAUCACCUAUUUUCACUGAAAACAUUUUAAAGCUCUUUCUGUUUUGAACCUGGCCUUACCAAGAUUUAUUUUACCUUCAGUCCCUUACUGAGGUAAAUUAUUGAUCUUGCCUUGAUAAACAAUAAAAGGAUUGAUUUUCCUCCAUGCCCCUAUGUGCCUAUACACUAUAAGUCAACUAAUGUCAUCCUUUGAAAUAAGGAAGGACCACUCUUUGCCCUCGUCUUGAAUUUUUUCUCCUUUAACCCACUGGGCAUGUUGGCACCUCUGUCUUACCCCCUCCCCAACUAUGAUGUGUUAACCAUUCUCUGUGAGAGAAGACAACUUUGUACAAGAACAACAAAAGCUCUGUGCCAGCCAAGGAAAAGAAGAAAGACAAAGAAGAUUGAGUCAGAUGUAUGCAAUCUGGAGCUGGACACACACUACUUGUAAAUAGCACAGGAGCGAGUCACUGAAACUACGGCUAACAUGACACUGCUGCAAAUUCCUCCGGUAACUACCAACAGUGUUUCCUGAGUUCUCAAAGAAACCACACGCACACACACGCAUGCUCACACACUCAAACAUGCGAACACUCAUACACACACUUAUCAUGACACGGUGGACACGGAAAGCACUUGAGACCUGGAGAGAGGGAGAGUAAUAAAAAAAGGAGAGAGAAUCAACUGACAUCAAAGAAAUGUGCUUAAAACUAGACACUGCAAGCUUUUUGCCCUGCACAGUCACCGAUGCGGUGCACAUGUGUACAUCAACUCUCUCAGGAUGGAAGCAGCAUCCUUUGCAAUCACUCUGUAUUUGCUCACUGCAGUUAAAGGACACAGAGAGCUACAUCUCUAGCCAGAACCCCAACUGAGGAAUGCAGAGAGCACAGGAAAGAUGGAGAGAUGGGAAGAUACCUCACAUUCUCCUGAGGAUCACAGAGGGGAGAGUCCAGCUGAGCUGGCUUGUGACUCCGCUUUCAGUCAGUGGACUCUGAUGAAACCUUACAGAAUAUUAGGAGAGUCUUGAGAUUUUGAUAUCACCGUCUCUUCUCCCCCUGCUGCAGCAAAAGCCUAAAGCUUUCUGCUUUGAAUGUUUGGUAGCAACCAGUCCUUACCUGAUACCUUGAGUUUACAACUGCUCACCUGCUUGUACUUGCCCCAAGCUGCCACAAGCCGUCCUCUCCUCCCCCAGCUGCCUUUUUCCCCAUGGUCACCCAUCCCACAGACUGCCAUGUGAUGACGAAGUUUGUGAACUUAAUCUGUUUUUCUUUAUUCUCUAAAGGGACUCACUAUUCCAUACUUUUUUCAUUUUUUCCUCAC